AUGCUUGCAGAUCCUGAUGCUUCAGUAAUGAGCAAGGCUGAAGCACAAAAUUGUCUCGACAAAAGUCAACAUAUUGUUACCCACGAAAUGUUUCCUCUUAGUGAAUUUCGUGACGUUCAACACAAUCUCGCCCAGUCGGACUUCUUUUAUCGGUACAGUAAGUCGGACAAUCCUCGCAUGAAAAAAGCUUUAAAGUUCGCCAAACGAGCUCAACAGUCGGCGAAUGAUGCUGGCCUACCAGAAAUGAAACUCUAUGCUGAAAAUCGCGUCGCGUUAAUCCAAAACGAAAUAGACAAUUGUCCUCGUAACAACCCGUGA